AUGAAUAAGCUUAUAGGUGGAGAAAUUAUAUACAGAAGAAGAAAUGUUACAUUCUAUAGGAAUUUGAUGUCAUUUACCUCACAUAUGUUUGUUAUUGCAUUAACUAUAAUUUGCUGUGGUAGCUUACUUAGUGAUCCAAUAGUUAGUGCUACUAUAGAAGGAUGUAGGUUUUGCAUUUUUACUAAGUUAAAUUGAAUCAUUUUAAUAAAUCAAAGUUAAUACUAUUUUAAUUCUCUUUCUUGUUAGUUAUAAUAAAUAGCUAAUAGCAAUAAUUUUUUUAUUAGCUCCUGAUAUAAGAAACUUAAGUAUUCAUGUUACUGGCCUCACCAACACAUCUGUGGAUAUUUCUUGGUCACCUCCAAAAUCCACAAAUGGUGUUAUUCGUUAUUACUGUGUUUAUUAUUAUUUAUAUGAUGUAUUUGACCAAGCACUUCCAAAGGAUUUGAUUGAUAUAAUAGAGGAUGAAAAAAUAAUAACUGAAGAACGUAAUUUUACAGUACAGGAUACAAAGGUUAUAUUUCUUAUUUAUACAAUUAUUCAAUGCUAUAUAAAUAUUUCUAAUAUGUAAUAAAAAUUGUAUUUUAUUUUUAGUGUCAUCUAGAACAUCUGGAGAGCUAUAGGCAUUAUAACAUUACCAUUAGUGUAUGUACAGAAAAAUGCUCUGAACGUUCAUUUCCCAUACAAGUACAAACAGGUGUAGGAUGUUAGUAGGACAUUUUUUUUUCUAAAUAAAUAAAAACUACUGAAUUUAUUAUAUUAACUGUUAUUUUUAUAGUUCCAGGAAGAAUACCAAAACCAAAUGUAUUGUUCAGAAACAAAACAGGAAUAGUUAUAUCAUGGCAUAAACCUAUGAAACCUCAUGGUCCAAUUGAUUAUUAUCAAUUGAUCAUAUUGAAUCAUAGCGGACCUUUCACUUCACAAACUGUAUAUGAUGGAAGUAUAUUGCCCAUAGAAUUAGUUGAUACACUCACACAUGAAAAUCCAGAUAAUUUAUUAUAUCAAACUAACAGUAAGUAUCUAUAUAUUAAUAUUAUUAUGAUAAACUUUAAAAUAUUAUAUUAUAACUUGUAUCCAAUUCUUAAAAUUAUUUGAAUUUGUAUUGUAUUUGAUAAAGAUAAACAAUCCAGAAUUUUCUUUUGAACAUUUUAACUUUAUUACUGAAAUAUGUAUUAUUUAAUUAACAUUAAAACAAAUUUUUUUAAUUCUUAUCUAAAGUAUUAGACACUGAGUCUUUAAUUGACUUAAAGGACAGGUGUGUUAAUUAGAGUAAUUUGCAAUAUUUUCAAUUCUUAAAAUAAUUUUUUUUUUUUAUAAGUAAAUGUUUUUCGUGUACAUGUUCCUGAGUGUACUCCACAUGAUAAAGAUCAACGAAUUUAUUAUGCAGUACGAGCAGUCAACAACAAUCCACUUGAUCCUCAAAAGCCAUUUUAUGGACCAUGGUCUGUUCCUGGAUCAGUUAAAUGUUUGUAUUUGAAUACUAUUCUGUAA